AUGGAAUAUGACUCAUAUUCAAAUACAUACAACCCAAGUUGGAGGGACCAUCCUAAUUUUUGGUAUGGCACAACUCCAAAGCAAUUCCAACCUCGGGCAUCUCAAACACAGGCAACACCUCCAUCAAAACCAGGUAUGUCUCUUGAGGACACAGUUACAUCACUUACUAUAAACACCCAUCAAUUUCAACAGGAAGUAAAAGCAAGUAUUCAAAAUCUGGAGAAUCAAAUGAGUCAACUUGCAACUUUCCUAAGCCAGAUAAAGUCUCAAGGGAAGCUUCCGUCUCAAACGGUAGUGAAUCCUAGGCAGAAUGUCAGUGCAAUAACUAUGUGCAAUGGGAAAGAGAUACAAGACGUGCAUAGUCCGACUAGGCGAGGUCACAACAGAAAGACAGAAUCAGGUUUAGCCAAGUCUAAAAAGGGUAAGAAAGAAAAAGGACAAGCGACCAUAAACCCCCCAUUCCCUGAGAGGUUUGCCAAGCCUAAAAAGGAUAAGGAUGAAAAAGAACUUCUUGAGACGUUUUGCAAAGUUGAGGUAAAUAUCCCAUUGCUGGAUGCAAUCAAACGAGUGUCUCACUAUGCUAAAUUUCUGAAGGAUUUGUGCACCAAUAAAAGGAAAUUAGCCAGGCACGAGAGGAUAAGAGUAGGGGAGAAUGUUUCGGCUGUGUUGCAAAGAAAGUUACCACCCAAGUAUAAAGACCAAGGUAUAUUUGCCAUUUCAUAUAAAAUUGGCAAUGUGGGGAUCCAUAGAGCUAUGUGCGACCUUGGAACUUCCAUCAAUGUUAUGCCCUUGUCAACUUAUAAUUCUUUGAAUGCUAGUCCAUUAAAAAAGACAGGGUUGAUACUCCAAUUGGUUGACCGGUCUGUGGUCCAUCCAGAGUGUGUUCUUGAGGACAUUUUAGUCGAAGUCAGUGAGAUAGUCUUCUUGCUGAUUUUUAUGUUUUAG